AUGUCCGCAUCACAAAUAGGGCCCAUCUCGCAGCAGUACGCGGCGGCAGCGACGGUGCCGCUCAUCAAGUCGCCUUCCCUUUGGCUCCCACCACCAGUCGAGCUGCCCUCCGACAUUCACCCCCUUCCAGAGGACAUAACGGCCUACUUUGUCUAUCCCUUCACACUCGAGCAACACGUCGUCUCGCUCCAGCCGCCACCGCACGUCGCGAUUGCCGAGCGGCGCGCGCGCAACGCCGCCAUCCUCCACGCCCGCGAGGUCGAGGAGGAGGAGCGUGAGAAGGCUGCGCUGCAUAAGGUCGCGCCGGGGUAUAACCCUGCGGCAAUGCUGAUGCCCACGCACCGCGAUGGAGCGCCCAAAGCAGCAUCCCCGCCAAUGCCUUCCCCAAAGAAGGAGGCUGACCCGAUGGACGAGCUGGUCGCGCAGCUAGAGGAGAUGGAGAGCAGCAAGAAAUUGUAUUAG